CCCCGCCCGCGGCACUAUAAAAACCCUAACCACAUUUGACACCCUGGUUGUGUCGGCAGAAAACAGCGCAUUCAUUCGCGCCGUCGUGAGAUAUUUUCGCCGAGAAAAACCAUAAACCCCAACACAAAAGAUUCGAGUGUUUGAGGAACCUUUUCCGGGAAGGUUUGGUCGGGAUUUGAAAAUGAUGAAGAGAAGGUCGACUCCGUACGGCAGAGACAUGCCGUCUUCUACGACCAAGGACGAGGAAGUUGAGUGGGAAAUGAGACCGGGAGGAAUGUUGGUCCAGAAAAGAGUCGACAAGUCAUCUGACGUUGCCCCGGUUCCGAACUUACGGCUUCGGAUUGCUUUCGGUGGUCUCCGGUACGAGAUCUCCGCCAGCUCUCAAUCUACCUUUGGGGAGUUGAAGAAGGUUCUUACGGCGGAGACGGGGUUACAGCCCGGAGACCAGAGGCUAAUAUUCAGGGGAAAAGAGCGAGAAAACGGGGAGUACUUGGACAUGUGCGGAGUCAAAGACCGAUCAAAAGUCAUGCUAAUCGAGGACCCAGCGAGCAUCGAGAGACGAGCCAAUGAGAUGCGGAGGAAAGCUAAGAUCCAGACCGCUCAUCGCGCCAUCUCGGUCGUGUGCUUGGAGGUCGAUAAGCUCGCGGAGCAGGUCUCUGCUAUUGAAAAAUCUAUCUCAAAUGGAGUCAGGGUACCAGAAGUUCAGAUCACCACACUAAUUGAGAUGCUUAUGAGACAAGCAAUCAAGCUGGACAACAUUUCUGCUGAAGGAGAUGCUUCUGCUCAAAAGAGUUUGCAGGGCAAGAGGGUGCAGAAAUGUGUUGAAACUCUUGAUGCGAUGAAGAUAUCAAAUGCAAAGGUAAAGCCUGUGGUUGUGACAACAAAGUGGGAAACCUUUGAUCCUCCUCCGACUACAGCCAAAUGGGAAUUCUUUGAUUAAUCUUUGUUCGAUCACCACCGCAUCUUUCGAUCUUCUUUGCUUAUUCAUUCUAUGUAAUUAGCUCGAGAGCAGCAAAGAGAGAUACCUACCUGUACUUAUAGCUUUUCCUCCAGUAACUUUGCCAAUAAGUGUUGGUUAUUAACUUAUUAUAAGUUACAUAUAUAGUUAAAAGAAUGCAUUUUUGUCAA